AUGUCGUCGAAGAACGCAGACCCCACCGUAGGGGCUUACUCCGAGAAGGAAAGCUUCUCCAACGCCGUGGAAAAUGGCGAAGGCGAAGCACACAAUGAUCAAACGGCAGGUGGACCGCAUCUGCCUCCCCGCAUGGCUGCUUAUGUCCGCCGGGUCGAGAACCGGCUCGCUCGGUACAAUCUUGAGACCCGCGGUAUACAACGGGUGCAAGAGGACGAGCGAAUGAAGAAACUGUCCUGGAUCUCGUAUUCUCAGGCUUUCCUCCUGUGGGUGUCUAUCAAUUUGGCGCCUAAUAAUAUUACGCUGGGGAUGUUGGGGCCGGCGGUUUAUGGGCUUAGCUUCCUGGAUUCGGCGCUUUGUGCUGUCUUGGGAGCGUUUGUGGGAUCCAUCGCUGCGGCCUGGAUGGCGACCUGGGGCCCUGUGUCUGGUGUCCGAACUAUGGUUCUUGGGCGGUACUGCAUGGGCUGGUGGCCCAGUAAAAUAGUUGUGCUCUUGAAUUUGGUCCAAAUGCUCGGCUACAGUCUGAUCGACUGCGUGGUGGGAGGCCAAAUUCUGUCAGCUGUCUCUCCAAAUGGGAGCAUGUCAGUCGCCGUGGGCAUUGUGAUUGUUGCUGUCGUCAGCUGGGCUGUUGCAACAUUUGGCAUUCGGAUCUUUCACUACUAUGAACGAUUCGCCUUCCUGCCCCAGGUUAUCGUCGUUUCUAUACUGUAUGGCGUGUCCUCCACGAAAUUCGACCUGUCUACACCAUCAGUUGGAGACACCCGCACAGUUAUUGGCAAUCGGAUUUCAUUUUUCUCGAUAUGCCUCAGCGCAGCUAUCCUAUAUUCACCCCUCGCGGCCGAUUUCUUUGUCUACUACCCCCAACGGGCCUCCAGGACGGCAUUGUUUUCACUGUCAUUGAGCGGACUCGCCAUUUCCUUCACCAUGGCAUUCGUGGCAGGCAUUGGACUAGCCUCGGGGAUUUCGUCCCACCCCGAAUACGAAACAGCCUACAACAAGGGCGCUGGAUCUCUCAUCGUCGAAGGAUUCGGACCUCUCCACGGUUUCGGAAAGUUCUGCUCCGUCAUCGUCGCUCUCGGUCUCAUCGCAAACACCAUCGCACCGACCUACUCCUCAGGAGUCGACUUCCAGAUCCUCGGGCGCUACGCAGAACGAGUCCCCAGAGCCAUCUGGAACACCAUCGGAGUCAUAAUAUACGUCAUCUGCGCCCUCGUCGGCCGCGAACACCUCUCCGAGAUCUUCACCAACUUCCUCGCCCUCAUGGGCUACUGGGCCGCCAUCUGGAUCGCCAUCUUCCUCGAAGAACGCUUCAUCUUCCGGCGAAAAUCUGGCUUUAACUGGAAUGCGUGGAACGAACCCUCGAAGCUUCCGCUUGGGAUUGCUGGCUUUAUUGCCUUUGUGGUCGGGUGGGUCGGUGCCAUCCUGUGCAUGGCGCAGGUGUGGUAUAUUGGACCUAUUGCUGGAUUGGUGGGCGAAUACGGCGCUGAUAUGGGAAACUAUAUCGGGUUCACGUGGGCCGGCCUCGUCUAUCCCCCUCUGCGGUAUAUCGAGCUCCGUGUGUUCGGCCGGUAG